UGAGGGGCCGAGAGCUGGCGGCGGCGGUGGUCGUGAAGGGCAUCGGCGGCGGCGGCGGCUGUGAGAGCAGAGAUGAUCUGAAGAUGGAAAGAGCCAGGCGAAGGGGAGGCGGCGGUGGCGGCGGCGGCCGCGGCCGUGGAGGCAAGAAUAUAGGGGGCCCUGGCCUAAGCAAGACUAGACUCUAUCCCCAGGCCCAGCACUCUCACUACCCCCACUACGCCACUUCGGCCACCCCUAAUCAGGCUGGGGGCGCAGCCGAGAUCCAGGAGCUGGCCUCCAAACGAGUGGACAUCCAGAAAAAGAGGUUUUACCUAGACGUGAAGCAAAGCUCCCGGGGCCGGUUCCUAAAGAUAGCCGAAGUCUGGAUAGGAAGAGGCCGGCAGGACAAUAUCAGAAAGAGUAAACUGACCCUCUCCCUGUCUGUGGCAGCAGAGCUGAAGGACUGUCUAGGGGACUUCAUUGAGCACUAUGCCCACCUGGGCCUGAAAGGCCACAGGCCAGAGCAUGGCCACAGCAAAGAGCAAGUCCCCUCCCGAAGGAGGCAGAAGCACUCAGCACCCUCCCCACCAGUCUCCGUGGGGUCAGAAGAGCAUCCACACAGUGUCCUCAAAACAGACUAUAUAGAGAGGGACAACAGGAAAUAUUACCUAGACCUGAAAGAGAAUCAACGAGGUCGCUUCCUGAGGAUUAGACAAACCAUGAUGCGAGGGACUGGUAUGAUAGGUUAUUUUGGCCACAGUUUGGGUCAAGAACAGACUAUAGUCCUCCCUGCACAAGGAAUGAUUGAGUUUCGAGAUGCCUUGGUUCAGCUGAUUGAAGACUAUGGCGAAGGAGAUAUAGAAGAAAGAAGAGGUGGAGAUGAUGACCCAGUUGAACUCCCAGAGGGGACCUCUUUCAGAGUGGACAAUAAAAGGUUCUACUUUGAUGUGGGCUCUAAUAAAUAUGGAAUUUUCCUGAAGGUAAGUGAGGUGAGGCCACCUUACCGUAAUACUAUUACUGUUCCAUUCAAAGCUUGGACAAGGUUUGGGGAGAAUUUUAUCAAGUAUGAAGAAGAGAUGAGGAAAAUUUGCAACAGCCAUAAAGAAAAGAGAAUGGAUGGCAGAAGGGCCAGUGGUGAAGAACAAGAAUGCCUCGACUAGAGUGAAAUUGAACUCCAGGCAAAAUUUAUAAUCCUAAAUUGGCUAAAAGUACUGAUCGAUUAUCAUUUGAAGAAAAUUUCCUCUUUUGGCCCUACAUUAUUAGUAAUACUUUUAGUAGUUUAUAAUUUAAGAAGUCUGAUUCCCAUAUUAUGUUACACAUAGCUCACUAUAAUUCUCAUGGGAAUUCCAACCUUCCCAGAGCUAAAUAGUUUAGAUGCUUCAACUGCUCCAGACUAUUGAAGUAUGCAAAUCAGCACAAAAUGUGACAUUCUGACCUUUUCAAUAUCAUAACAUUGCACUAUGAAAUAAUCUUGAAAAAAAGAUACAUAUAUACUUAAUAUGGAAGAGUGAAUUUCUAUUUUAACAAAUUCCCCAGAAAAGUACUCCAUUUCUACUUCAUUCAGUCUGCUAAGCAUACCUGUAGGACAGUUACCACAGAAACGGAAAUUAACCUCAUUAUAAGUAUGUAUUUAUAAAAGUACAAGGAGAAAUACAUUGUCUAUUGGGUAACUUUUAAAGAGUGCCACUAAAAGAGCAAAUAUUAUUAGAUAACUAACCGUUCAAAAUGCAGUAUCAAAAUAUUUCUUAAGAAUUACUAUAGUAUUCUAUAAUUUCAAAUUUUGUGGUAACCCUACAGUUUAUAGUUGUGGUAUCAAAGCCAUGGGAAAGUUUUCAUUGGUUAUCCUAAGCUGGUUACCUCUGUUGUACCAUAUGGUUUUAUUGACUUUACAAAGUUUCAGGAGUUACAGUGACAUCACAUUUGAGGGGAAGGCUUCAUCCAAUGGCUUUCCUAUGGAAAUCUUGGUAUUUCAGCAUAUUGUGGUAAUUUGGAGCUUGUGAUAAGUUUUUCCCUAAAAAUAUCAUGGACUCAAGGUAUUAUUUAUUAUAAUUCUUUAACAGUGUUUCAGAAGGGUUGGUGCACCAAGUCAUGGAUAUAAAAAUAGGCCUGUAAUUACACGUUUUAGUAGCACUUUUGCAAUUCUGCUUGUAAAACUAUGUCAAACUUCCAAUAUAAACCUGACUUUUACAGAUACCUUAAUUCCAAAAGAAGAAAAAACUUUUCUAAAUAAUUUAGAUUUUCAAUCUGGGGAAAAUAUUAUUCGGAAAUAAGACUAUAGACAUUUGAAAGGAAAAUUCAGUCAUUUUCCAAGGUGCUCAUUAUGAUACUUAAAGAGAUUUACUUUACUAAAGGUUACCUGUAUUCAGAAUUAAUCUCCAGGAAGAACAAAAUCAAUUUUUUAACACCUAAGUAAUUUUUUAAACAAGUAGAUGUAGUAUAUGUGUGUACCAACCCACUCACCUUAUAUCAACUGACUGAAAUUUCAACUAUUGGGCUAAAUUUUUUUCUGAAUGAAAUUAAUUGUCUUUUAUCUUAGCUCCCACAUUCUAAGUCUAUAUAAUUAUGUUCUAUCUACAGAUUACUGAUUUCAGCCCCCCAAAGGUAAUUUAUUGAUGAGAGAUGGAUUCAUGGAUUGAGAUCAGAUUGUAGCUCUUCUUUUGAAAUUCAAAAUCAUUUUAACAACUUUCCUCUAGAAAUUUACCCCAUAUACAGUAAAGUCACAAAGAAAACCUUACAGAAUGAAUUAAGACUAAUAAUUUUACUUACAAACAAGUUAUCAGUAACCCAGACAUUUAUACUGGCCUUGAUUUGCAGAUUAUAUUUUACAUUUCCUCCAGUAUUACAAAGGAAUCUCAUUUCAUUGUAAUUGUAGACCAUCUGGAUCACUAUGGAACAAAUGAAGGAUAGAAUGAAUAUGAUGUUGGUACUUGAGUUAAUAGCACAUGGUGGGUGUUAACAUUAUAAAAGUAGCAAGGAUUUUUAAACAGUCCUUACUGUAAAAUAACAUAACUAUGUAGGCUUGCUAAAAAGUAGUUUUGGGUAUAUGAAGGAGUGAUGUGCACUUGAAUUACUGUACUACCGAUUGCUAUUGCUGCCCAUCAUAGUGCCUAUUAAUAAUAAUCAACCUGUCAGAUUUUGGCACACUAGAGCUGUGAAUAUUCCAGUCAUCCAUUGUUCCUAUCACUAUUGCUAUGAGUGAAUGCUCUCUUAAAAUCUUUCUUUUUAAAAUAUUUAUAUCCAUUAAGACUAAAUGAUUUAUCUUCUGGUUUUUAUUUAGUCUGAUAAGAUUUGAGCAUGUGUGUAUAUACACCUAUAUAUAGAUGUAUAUACACAAUACUAUGUCAGACUUAAAUAUCAUUGUAUAUACAUAUUAUUAGUUUUGCACUGAUUAUUUAAGAAUUACUUAAAAAGCCAAAUUUUCUACCUUGUAUGUAUACUUCCAAGUUAUCACCAUCUCAUAGCUGCAGAUGCUUAUAUACUGGCAAUUGAAUAGACUAUAGAAUCAUUCAAGCUUCUUUCAGUUCUUUAUUUUACCUUUUCAUAGUUAAUGUAUUCAUUGAAAAAUGGAAUUGAUUCUAUGAUUUUUUGAUACUUAAAAUUCCCAAGAAUUCAUUAGCCAUAAUUAUGAUCCAGUUCAAACCUCUGGUAUUAGAAAAUGAAUUGCCAUGUAUCUUAUAAAAUAAGCUAUUUUUAUCUGUGCAAUAUAAAUUUUAUUUAUUGUCAUUUGUAACAUAAGUGGAACUACAAGUGCACAUGGUAUUCUUUAAAAUAACGGAUCCUUGCCUUGCAGACGUUAAACUCUUAAGGCAAAUGGAUGUUAGAAGUAAAAACUGAGCACUAAUAUUAGUAACCAAAAUAACUAGUUCACUAAUGCUAAAACAUUGAUGAUGUUUGCACAUAAUAAUACAAGCGUAAUGUGGUACAGAUCAAACUGUAAUAAUAUAAGCUAAUUGUAUGAAAUUUGGAAACGGGUUCUCAUAGUAGUUGGCAGUGUGCUCCUAGCAAUUAAAAGCAGCACUAGUCUGUUGCUUAUAUGCAAAAGAUGCAAUGUAUUAUAAAGGUAUUAAAGUUCUGCCACAUUUUCUAAUGAUCCUCGGUAAAGCCCCAAACUGCCAUGUCCCUUAACGUGAGUCAAACACAAGCAUAUUUGCACUAAAGAGCAUGGCCAAAAAAAAUAAUAAAUGACAGGGUGGAAAAGCUAGUUGGAACCUCUUGAAAUAGUUGGUUCUAAUGGGAGAAUUUCACAUUUGUCUAUUUGAAAGCUGUAUGGUCCAGGCAGACAAUCUGUCAGUUCACUAAUUUAAUAAUGCACUUUACCUUUUGUAUAUAGAAGAUGUACAUUUAUGCCACUUGACAGGUGGGAUGUGUUUCAGUAACUGUGUAGUUAGAAUCUGUAGGGUGAUCUCUUGCAUGUAUAUGUUUGUGUUGAAUUGUUGUAACAGGUUUCCAUUAAAUCAGUGUAAUGGAGAAAGGUAGAAGAUGCUUUUAAAACAAAUUCCAAUGUAUUUAACAGAAGAAGUUAAAGUAGACUUCAUAUUUGUAUUCCUAAGGACUAGAAUAUAUAUAAAACUAUGUUUGAUCCAUAUUAGUAUUGCAGUUGAGACUAUAUCUACUUGAGACUCCCCAUAAUACUCUGAAAGUUAAUUUUGAGAAUUUGUCCAGAUUUUAAGGAAUUAAUGAUUCUAUUUUAUUGUUGAAAUGUUUAAGUAACUAAUAAACAGUAAUAAUACUGCACCAGACUUGAAAGUAUGGUUAGGUAAUUUUGAAAAAUCACACAGACUAAAGAAAUAAAAUUUCAACUUAAAAUACAAAGAGCCUAAUACUUUACCAAAGUAACAAUAAUGUUUCAAAAUUUUCAGAAGUACUAACCCUGACCAAGUAAAAAGGGUAGUGGGGGAUUUAGUAUAUCCUUCCAUCCUAAAAAUUUCCUAAGGUGUACAUUUGAAACUUAAGUAAUUGUUGCUUACCAACAGAUUGUAUGUACUUUACUGAGAAACACUGUGUACUAACAUUUCAUCAAGAGUGUGCUAUAUUUACUUCAUUUUAUAGCUAUAGAUAAGAAUAUAUUAUAUAAUCAUCCUAUCUUAAUAUAAUCAUGUAUUUAUCUUGUAAUUUUGCAGAUAUUUUCAGUAAAAUAAAUAUUUAUCUGCACAAUUUGAAGAUGAAAUUGAAAUGCACCCUCAGAUACUCAUUUUUAAUAAGCAGCUACCACUGAAAGUUGUUGUAUGUAUUGUCAUUUCUUUAAACUUUGGUUUAUAGUUUAUUUUACUAUUUAAAUGAAUAUGGCUUAAUUUAAAUUUUAAUUGAUUGUCUGAAAAUAAGGUUUUUCAUGUGAGUUUUUUUUUUUUCCUGUUUGUUUCCAAAUGGCUUUCAUUGAAACUUUAUGAAAUCCUCUUCCAAGCUUUAUGUAAGGGCUCUGCUUAAGCACCACUUAGUUUGCAAUCUUUACCAAAACAUCUUUUGGCAGGAUAUUAAAAAAAAAACUAACAUUGACUCUCUUGCUACAAAAUAAUUCGGACAUAAUAUUAUCUUUGCCACAUAAGAUUCUUAAAAUCUUUCUGGAAUUUCCUUUAAGAUUUUUUGACUUCCGUAGGAGAAAUGGUAGCUAAUGGCUAGCCCAGCAGAGGAAGAGGAUAAAGAUAUUAACAUGCUGUUGACAAUCCACACUCCACAAUACUAUAACGUGAAGUAUGGGGAAAAUGUGUUUCCCAAUUUAAAGUCAGAUGAAAAUUGAAUUUUUAAAUCACAGUAAUGCUUGUCUUAAAACACAUGCCAAUGUCUAUAGGUAGACUUUAGAAUAAUGUGUUAGUAUAUUUUCUUGUAUAAUGGGAAAGAGUUGGUCUUCAUUGUUAAUUUGAUAUAUUAAAUCAUUUAAAUUUAUUUUAUUUGAGUUUUAACACUU